AUGGGUAUUAGUGGUGUCUUAGGCAUUCCUGGUUCUAAUGACCCCGGGAAGUAUUUGGGUUGCUUACUAUGUGGGGUUCUCAAUGGUGAGUCAAUUAAUACUUGGAAGGAUAGGUGGAUUCCAUGUAUUCUUGGAUGCAAGCUAGGUGCCUCCUAUUUAGAUGCUGGCGAGUUUGAUCCUUAUCAGAAGGUGGCUGAUCUAAUUGAUUGGAAUCAAUAUGUUUGGAAUCUUUCUCCAAUCAUCCAUCACCUUUCUUCGGAGGAAGUCACUGCCAUUCGAUCAAUUCCUAUUUCUGAUACUUGGGAGCAUGAUCGUCUCAUUUGGCCUAUGGAGAAAAAUGGUGAGUACAAAGUUCGUUCUGGUUAUGAUAUGCAACAUGCUAGUAGGAAUUCCCCUUCACUUCAAUCUAUGGAUUCCUCUCAUAUUAUCAAGCCUGAAGUUUGGAAGUUUAUUUGGUCAUCUCUUACAUUACCUAAAGUUAAGCAUUUUCUCUGGAGAGUGUGCACUAAUUCUCUACCUACAAUGAAAAAUUUGUUCUCUAAGAGAAUUGCUCCAUCUCCUAUGUGUCCUUUUUGUUUAUUAUAUGAAGAGUCAAUAGAACAUCUUCUAUUGCAGUGUUCUUGGACAGCUGGAGUUUGGUUUAGAUUGCCCAUUUCUUACAAGGUUGACCCUGCUUUAAUAACAACAUUUGAUGAUUGGUUUUAUGGUGUUUGUGGUCUAUUGAAGCAGAAUAGUAGAGCAUGGGAAAUAUUAUCUUGCUGGGUUUCCUUUGCAUUAUGGAAUAUUUGGAAGGAAAUGUGUACUUUUUUAUAUGAGCAUAGAGAUCCAAAUGCUUGGGGAGUAAUUGAAAGUGUGAAGUAUGUUGUUGCCGAGUUUUCUGGGAUUACUGACCAUCCUCCUCAAGUUGGUGUGGAAGAAAAAUGUAAAAUGAAGGAUGGGCCUGAUAUGUGGAGUGCUCCCCUAGGCUUGAAUAUUAAGAUCAAUUGUGAUGGUGCCUGGGAUGCUUAUAGUAAUCUUGCAAGAAUUGGAGUAAUUGCAAGAAAUUCCAGUGGUGCUGUAAUCAAUGGUUGUGCUAAAUCUUGCUAUUCUUCCUCUGCUUUGCAUGCCGAAGCUUUUGCUGUUAAGGAGGGUUUGAUCUUAGCUAAGAGUAUGAAUGCUACAACAAUGUGUAUUGAAUUGGAUUAUGAACAGCUGUAUAAUGCAGUGGUGAAGAAUUCUUCUCAAAUCAGUUGGAGCAUUUACCCUCUUCUUGUGGACAUCAAGAGAUUGAAGAUUGGCCUGUUAAGUUGUAUGUGGAGUUUGGUUAAGAGAUUUAGAAACGCUGCGGGGAAGUGGCUUGCCAGCUUUUUGCUGUGUUUAAUAAAGGAGAACUUUUAA